AUGCCAUGCCCCCCUGGUGGAGGAGAACUGCAAUCGAAGUCCCACGGCGUAGUUCUUGCGCCGUCCGGACCUCCCCAGGUCGUCGUCUCCACCGCAACGGCCUCUCUGGAGGCGUUUAAGAAGCAAACGCUGGACGGCUACCUGAGCCUGGUGACGUGCCCCGAGGAACGGCGCUUCCUGCUGCAGCUAAUUUGCGACUACGUGCGGUACGGGGACCAGCGGCUCCAGUUCCCGGGGAUGCAGCCCGUGUCGCUGACCAAGG